UCUGCAUAUUAAAUUAUCACCUCCACAGUUUCUGCCACAAAAUUCCCAAAUGAAUCAAAACCUCUGCCUCUUCAUCCUGAUCUUCCUUCUCUCAGAAGCCCCAGUAUUUGCAGCGGACUUUUACUACCAAAACUGCAGCGUCCCGAUAACUUGUGGCCGCCAAAAAAUCAGCUACCCGUUCUACAUCCAAGGCAGGCAACAAGACUUCUGCGGCUACCCUGGUUUCCAGCUCUCCUGCCAGGGCGGCGCAGACGACGAUGAAGAAGAAGCCUACCCACUUCUCCGGUUGCCUGGAGACGAUUACAUAAUUCACAACAUCAGUUACGAAAGCCAGACUCUUGUCGUCUCAAAUGCUUUACUUUCGCACUACUUGGACAACUCUUCCUGCGCUAAUCUCUCACUGAUCCAUAAUUUAACGAUCCCUAAUGAACAGUUUGAGCUGGCUCCAAAGCAAGAUCAGUUCUUUCUGCUCUACAACUGCAACCCUUCGUUUGUCGAUUCUUUUCCAAAGUACAAGAUUGGUUGUAAUAACACUUCGGUUCUUGCUCUGCCUGGGCAGAUAUAUCCGAAAUUUGGAGGUCUUGUGGAGGUUGAAAAGUGUGGAUCGAGUGAGGUGGCGGUGGUGCAUGGUGGAGGGUAUGGGAAUGAUGAGGCGGCGGGAAUGAAGGAAGUGUUGGGAAGAGGGUUUGAGAUGAAAUGGCUGGCUGCUGACUGCAGCCGCUGCCAGGGGAGUGGAGGGCUAUGUGGGUUUAACUACACCACCCGCCAUUUUAGGUGCCUCUGCCCCAAUAGGACCCAUUCUGUGAGAUGCAAGAAGGAUGACGAAGGGGAUAAGCAGUUGAAUUUGAAGCUAGGACUAGGAAUUGGCCUUGGAUUUCCAGCACUUCUUGCAAUAUGCGGGUUUCUUCUGUUGCUUUACAAGAAAAAACGCUCUUCACUCUUCCUCUCAAGGAACAUUUCUUCUCAGCCAUACACAAAUUCCGACAUAGAAGGGGGCGGCGCCUACUGUGGUGUCCCGGUCUUCAGCUACAGUGAACUCGAUGAGGCCACAAACCACUUUGAUAGCGAAAACGAACUUGGAGAUGGAGGUUUUGGAACUGUCUACUAUGGAAAACUCAAAGAUGGUCGGGAAGUUGCAGUCAAGCGCUUAUAUGAGCACAAUUACAAACGCGUUGAACAGUUCCUCAAUGAAAUUGAAAUCCUCACCGGUCUGCGCCACAGAAACUUAGUCACCCUUUAUGGCUGCACCUCACGCCGCAGCCGUGGACUCCUCCUUGUCUACGAAUACAUUUCCAAUGGAACCGUUGCUGAUCAUCUCCACGGAGACAGAGCAGACCCUGGCUCGCUAACUUGGCCUAUACGUAUGAGCAUCGCCAUAGAAACCGCCAACGCAUUGUCCUACCUCCAUGCUUCUGAAAUUGUACAUCGCGAUGUGAAGACUAAUAACAUUCUGCUCGAUGACAAUUUCUGCGUUAAAGUUGCAGAUUUUGGGCUCUCCCGGCUCUUCCCCUUGGAUGUCACGCAUGUCUCAACCGCUCCACAAGGGACACCGGGUUACGUUGAUCCAGAGUAUCACGAGUGUUACCAGCUAACUAGCAAGAGUGACGUUUAUAGUUUUGGAGUUGUUCUCGUCGAGCUCAUAUCAUCUCUUCCGGCAGUUGAUAUAAUGAGGCACAGGCACGAAAUUAAUCUGGCUAACUUAGCCAUAAGCAAAAUUCAGAAAGGUUUGUUCAACGAGUUGGUAGAUCAACGUCUCGGGUUCGAAUCCGAUGGUGAAGUUAGAAGGAUGAUCAUUGCAGUUGCAGAGUUGGCUUUUCAAUGCUUGCAGCAGGACAACAAUGUGAGGCCUACCAUGAAUGAGGUUUUGGAGGCUUUGAAAAUGAUCGAAAGCGGGAGUUAUGUCCCUGAGAAUUUAAAGCCGGAACUGGACGGUCAGAGUGUGAAAACGAGUGUACAGCCGCCAGCUUCGCCAGAUGGUGAUGAGAUCGGGCUGUUGAACAUGAGACCUCCGCAUUCGCCGGUUUCCGUCACGCAAAAAUGGCCUAGCACUAGGUCUACUUCACCUAAUGCUAGUGCGUGACAGUUCCUUUUUGUGGGUGUUACAUUUCAGUAUAAAGAAUAUAUAUGAAUGCAUUUCAGAUUUGAUUAGGUGGGUGGAGGUUUAUUUGCCACUCAUCUCCUUGCUUUGUUAAAACGGUGAACUCAAGCCAAUAACGCCCCCGUUUUGCAAGGGUUGAGAGGGAAGAAAAUCUAUCGUACACAACUUUAACCUUUCCUUGCAAAGAGGUUGUUUCUACGACUCGAACUUAUGAUGUUUUGAUCAUAAAAAGGCAACAUUUUCGUUGUACAAGGCUCGCCAUCAUUGAAAAACACAUCUAAUUAGUACUGCUAGGUAAAAGCUUGAGGGAUUUGUACAUAUUAUAUGGAGACAUUGUUAUUGAUAUUUUACAUGUAUAGUUUUGAUCCUGUA